AUGGCAGACCCGACCCUCGCCAUCGCGCACCUCCGCACCAACUCAUGGGCCAACAAUCUCAUCUCCUCGGCCGAUUACAGCCCAGUUGAAACUGACUCACGGCGCCUAAAGCCUACAACGGGCGAAGAUGGCUACUUCGCACAAACCCUUAACACAACCAGCACAAUCCCUCACUGCCUGACCCUGCAACGGCGCAACCUCACGUCUGCGCCUACCGAAGUCCCCACCUGGCUCCCCGCCACAAAACAAGAUGCCGCGCCUGCCAUGAAGCCCACCCCGGGCACGGACCCUGCAGAUAUUAUUAUGAUCUAUGAUCUUGGCAGCCCUGGUCUGUCUAGCCAUCCGUCCACUGUGCACGGCGGGAUUGUCGCGACGCUGAUUGACGAGACCAUGUCCCUCGCUGUCGCAGCGUUUACCAAUACGCCCACUGCGCUCAGUACAACCGAGCAAAAUCCGCGCGGAAAGAUAUUUACAGCACAACUAGAUGUCAGAUAUAAGCAGCGGGUGACUACACCUGCUUUAUUGGUUGUCAAGGCGCGAGUCAUUGGGAGGGUCGGGAAGAAAUUUUGGGUGCGGGCGCAGGCGCUGCAGGAAGAUGAAGAGAGUGGUGGGGGACAAUUGGAGUCGGCUAAGAGGAAGGUUGUCAAGACUGAUGCGAUGGCAUUUUGGGUUCAGACUUCUGACUCGAAAUUAUGA